UACAUUAAAGGGGACGUUAUAGCAAGACGGUGUUGUUCAGUCUCUAUGAUUCAGUUCAUCGUCUGUUUUAUUGCGUACACGUUUCCACCAGAAUAAUAUUCAACACAUCCAUUCUUCGUCCAGGAUCAGGUCCUCUCAGGGUAGGUUAGCCUGAUACCAAAGAGACGCGGGAGUGAGAACAGUUAGCUUAGCUUGCCACAUGCCUACAAAGAGACAUCAGAAGUGAUCAGCACGUCGCUAAGCAGAGCUCAAGUGUGAGUGCAAAGUGUCGCGAUUGUGUGAAAAUGUGCGAAAGAACGAUAGCAGAGUACGAGGAGGAACUUUCUCGAACAAAAGAGGAGAACGAGCGACAACAUCAACCACUGGACGCUGCUAUCAAGAAGCUUCGAGUUGUGUUACACAGAGCAGAUGUCAGCAAAGAACAUCUUCACCCUGAGCAGCAGCAGUGGAGCUCCAGGAUGGAGCAGGAGGUGCCACACCCCCAUCACAUUAAAGAGGAAGAGGAAGAGCCACAGCCCCUCCAUGUUAAAGAUGAAGCCGAGGUGCCACACCCCCCUCACAUUAAAGAGGAAGAGGAGGAACCACUGAACCUCCAUGUUAAAGAUGAAGCGGAGGUGCCACACCCCCCUAACAUUAAAGAUGAAGAAGAGGAGCCACUGCCCCCCCAUGGUAAAGAGGAAGAGGAGAAGCACAGCAUCAGUCAGGAGGGAGAGCAUCUUGAAGGAUUGGAGUUCCCAGUGAUUGGUGUCCCUGUGAAGAGUGAAGAUGAUGAAGACAAAGGUGAAAGUGAGGAGAAGAGAGAGGUGGAGCCUCCAAGCAGCAGCUCAACUCAACACAUGACAACAGAAGCUGAUAGAGACCACUGUGGAGGAUCACAAGCAGACAACCUCUUAGCUCCACUAUCAGAUAGUGACGACACAACGUCACACUCUCCUGACACUGAUGAUGAAGACUCUAAAGCUGAUAUGACAUGUCACACUGACAACACACACUUUAAAUGCUCUCACUGUGGAAAAACUUUCAAUCGCCGUAGUAAUCUGAAAACACACAUGAGAAGUCACACAGGUGAAAAAGCAUUCAUGUGCUCAGUCUGUGAUAAAAGAUUCUCUCGGAAGGAAAGUUUGACACGACAUACUAGAUUGCACACGGGAGAGAAACCUUUUUCCUGUUCAGUGUGUGGUAAAGGUUUUGCACAAAAACACCAUUUGAGAACACACAUGAGAACACACACUGGAGAAAAACCAUAUUCCUGUUCAGUGUGUGGUAAAGGUUUUGCAUGUAAAGGUGACUUGAAAAAACACAUGACAACACACACUGGAGAGAAACCACAUUCCUGUUCAGUGUGUGGCAUACGUUUUGCACGAAAACCUAAUUUGACAGUACACCUGAGAACACACACUGGCGAAAAACCAUAUUCCUGUUCAGUGUGUGGUAAAGAUUUUGCAAAAAAAGCAAAUUUGAAAAGACACAUGACAGCACACUCUGGAGAGAAUCCAUAUUCCUGUUCAGUGUGGGUUAAAGGUUUUGCACAACAAGGUGAUUUGAGAAAACACACAACACAUACUGGAGAGAAACCAUAUUCUUGUUCAGUGUGUGGUGUAGGUUUUGCAUAUAAAGUUGAUUUGAAAACACACAUGAGAACGCACACUGGAGAGAAACCAUAUUCUUGUUCAGUGGGUGGCAAAGGUUUUGCACAAAAACCUGCUUUGACAACACACAUGAGAAGACGCACUGGAGAAAAACCAUAUUCCUGUUCAGUGUGUGGUAAAGGUUUUACAUAUAAAGGUGAUUUGAAAACACACAUGAGAACACACACAGGAGAGAAACCAUAUUCCUGUUUGGUUUGUGGAAUAGGUUUUACACAAAAAGGUAAUUUGAAUAAACACAUGAGAACGCACACUGGAGAGAAAGUGUUUAGUUGCAGUGUGUGUGGUGAAAGAUUCUCUUAUAAGUACCAGCUUAACAAUCACACGUGUGCUGGUGAGAACAGCAGCAGUAAAUGAAGCUGCAGGACUUUAAACUGUUCAGACCUUGACAGCUUUGACUUUGAAAGUUGUUUGUUUCUGUUUUGUUGUUGCUGAUGUUGUCUCUCUCUCUGUAUUGUCCCUCUCGUGUCCCCGCAUUCCCCACUCUGUCUUAUUUUGUCUUCUCUAUCGCCGCCAAAUUUGCAUAACAAUAAACGUCAAAU